UUUGCGGGCGGAGUCGGUUACCGUAAGAGAUAAAUUGUGUGCGGUAAAAUAGGGAGAGCCGGGUACGACGCUGUCCUUUACUAUUCUGUACAGGGGACAGUUUGGGAAAUCUGGUUCCUAAGCCCAUUAGAGCACCUUAAUUGAAAAGUGAAAUUAAAAAGCAAAAAAGAUGUCGGCAAAUAAAGAUGGAGACGGUGGAUGGAAGAGCUUUUUGUGGAAUUCAGAAAGGAAGGAAUUUCUAGGACGCACGGGUGGCAGUUGGUUUAAAAUCUUGUUGUUCUACCUGAUCUUCUAUGGAUGCUUGGCUGGGAUUUUCAUUGGGACCAUCCAGGCCCUGCUGCUAACCCUUAGUAACUACAAACCCACCUACCAGGACAGAGUCGCCCCGCCAGGUCUAUCCCACACCCCACGCUCUGAGAAGUUUGAGAUCUCUUACAAUGUCAAUGAUGUGGAGACGUAUCUGAAAUACACCAAGAGCAUCAAUGACUUCCUGGAGAUGUACGAUGAGGAGAGGCAGACCGAUCAGAACAAGUACGAAGACUGUGGAGAAUUACCUGAAUCGUACAGGGACCGUGGUGAGCUGGAGAGUGACCUUGGAGCGAGGAAGGCCUGCAGGUUCAAGCGGACCUGGCUGGGACCCUGUGCUGGUCUGGAUGGUCAAGAUGAAAACUUUGGCUUCAAGGAUGGGAAACCCUGUCUGAUCGCCAAGCUCAACAGGAUCAUCAACUUCCGACCAAGGCCUCCAACCAACAGUGCUUCCGUCCCUGAAGCCGGCCAGAGCAGAGUCCAGACCAACGUUAUCCCCAUCCACUGUCAGAACAAGAGAGAGGAGGAUGCUAGCAAGAUUGGUGAGAUCAAGUACUAUGGCAUGGGCAUGGGGUUCCCCCUCCAGUACUACCCCUACUAUGGCAAGCUGCUGCACCCCAAUUACCUACAACCUCUGGUGGCCAUCCAGUUCACCAACCUCACCUUCAACGAGGAGCUGCGUCUUGAGUGCAAAGUGUAUGGAGCGAACAUUGACUACAGCGAGAAAGAUCGCUACCAAGGACGAUUUGACGUUAAGUUCACCAUCACCAAUUCAUGACCUCAGCUAUGAAAAUAGCACUUUUCUCUGCCCCUAUUUCAAAACAAGUUGAUUUAGAGAAAUAAAGAAAAAAUAGUUAAAUUAAAACAUGACUUGUCUUGGAACAAACUUUCAUAAAUAUGGGACCUACAGUUAAUCUGUGUGCUUUAAACUGGCUUCCUGCAUAAUGUCUAGGGUUAGAAUGUACAUCACACCGGCUUCCUGCUUAAUGUCUGGGGUUAGAAUGUACAUCACACCGGCUUCCUGCUUAAUGUCUGGGGUUAGAAUGUACAUCACACCGGCUUCCUGCUUAAUGUCUAGGGUUAGAAUGUACAUCACACUGGCUUCCUGCUUAAUGUCUGGGGUUAGAAUGUACAUCACACUGGCUUCCUGCAUAAUGUCUGGGGUUAGAAUGUACAUCACACCGGCUUCCUGCUUAAUGUCUGGGGUUAGAAUGUACAUCACACUGGCUUCCUGCUUAAUGUCUGGGGUUAGAAUGUACAUCACACCGGCUUCCUGCUUAAUGUCUGGGGUUAGAAUGUACAUCACACCGGCUUCCUGCUUAAUGUCUGGGGUUAGAAUGUACAUCACACCGGCUUCCUGCAUAAUGUCUGGGGUUAGAAUGUACAUCACACCGGCUUCCUGCUUAAUGUCUGGGGUUAGAAUGUACAUCACACCGGCUUCCUGCUUAAUGUCUGGGGUUAGAAUGUACAUCACACCGGCUUCCUGCUUAAUGUCUGGGGUUAGAAUGUACAUCACACCGGCUUCCUGCUAAUGUCUGGGGUUAGAAUGUACAUCACACCGGCUUCCUGCUUAAUGUCUGGGGUUAGAAUGUACAUCACACUGGCUUCCUGCAUAAUGUCUGGGGUUAGAAUGUACAUCACACCGGCUUCCUGCUUAAUGUCUGGGGUUAGAAUGUACAUCACACCGGCUUCCUGCAUAAUGUCUGGGGUUAGAAUGUACAUCACACCGGCUUCCUGCUUAAUGUCUGGGGUUAGAAUGUACAUCACACCGGCUUCCUGCAUAAUGUCUGGGGUUAGAAUGUACAUCACAGGAAGAGUAACAAUGGCAACAUAUUUAUUCUACUGUAAAUGAGAAGUCCUUGAGCCAUGGGACAUUCAUAUUUUACUGUAAAUAGCAAUUCUACUACUGUUAUGUAGCGAGCAGUGUUUCUGUCUGUCCCCCCUAAGUAUUCUGCCUAAUGUGGUUUCUAUAUAUGUUUGGAGUCUCCAGUACAGUAGUGGCAUACAGUGGUCCUUUCCAAGCCAUGUUGUAAUUUCUCUAGUCUAUUGUCAGUAGGCUUUAGUGGUCCAAGGUGUGUGUGUGUCUUUAAGUGUUUGUGUUUAUGUGUUAAAUGUGUUCGUUUUUUUAAUGUGAGUGUGUGAAUGUGUGCUAAUGUACUCUUACUAAAUGAAAUGACUGGCAUGGUACGCUCUAAUCUCUCUCUAGGUCUGAGUGAUCUCUCUCUAGGUCUGAGUGAUCUCUCUCUAGGUCUGAGUGUGACUGAUCUCUCUCUCUAGGUCUGAGUGUGACUGAUCUCUCUCUCUAGGUCUGAGUGUGAGUGAUCUCUCUCUAGGUCUGAGUGUGAGUGAUCUCUCUCUAGGUCUGAGUGAUCUCUCUCUAGGUCUGAGUGUGAGUGAUCUCUCUCUAGGUCUGAGUGUGACUGAUCUCUCUCUAGGUCUGAGUGAGUGAUCUCUCUCUAGGUCUGAGUGUGACUGAUCUCUCUCUUCUCUUUCCACCUCCUCUUCUUCUCCUGCCACCUCCUCCUCUUCUUCUCCUUCCACCUCCUCCUCUUCUUCUCUCUGACACUUCUCCUUCCACCUCCUCCUCUUCUUCUCUCUGACACUUCUCCUUCCACCUCCUCCUCUUCUUCUCCUUCCACCUCCUCCUCUUCUUCUCUCUGACACUUCUCCUUCCUCCUCCUCUUCUCGCUGACACUUCUCCUUCUACCUCCUCCUCUUCUUCUCCUUCCACCUCCUCUUCUUCUCUCUGACACUUCUCUUUCCACCUCCUCCUCUUCUUCUCUCUGACACUUCUCCUUCCUCCUCCUCCUCUUCUUCUCUCUGACACUUCUCUUUCCACCUCCUCCUCUUCUUCUCCUUCCACCUCCUCUUCUUCUCUCUGACACUUCUCUUUCCACCUCCUCCUCUUCUCCUUCCACCUCCUCCUCUUCUUCUCUCUUACAUUUCUCUUUCCACCACCUCCUCUUCUUCUCUCUGACACUUCUCUUUCCACCUCCUCUUCUUCUCUCUGACACUUCUCCUUCCUCCUCCUCCUCUUCUUCUCUCUGACACUUCUCUUUCCACCUCCUCCUCUUCUUCUCCUUCCACCUCCUCCUCUUCUUCUCUCUGACACUUCUCCUUCCUCCUCCUCUUCUCUCUGACACUUCUCCUUCCACCUCCUCUUCUUCUCUCUGACACUUCUCCUUCCACCUCCUCUUCUUCUCUCUGACACUUCUCCUUCCACCUCCUCUUCUUCUCUCUGACACUUCUCCUUCCACCUCUUCUUCUCUCUGACACUUCUCCUUCCACCUCCUCUUCUUCUCUCUGACACUUCUCCUUCCACCUCCUCUUCUUCUCUCUGACACUUCUCCUUCCACCUCCUCCUCUUCUAUCUAUUUGAUGCUUCUCCUCCUCCUCUUCUUCUCUCUGUCUGAUGCUUCUCCUCCUCUUCUUCUUCUCUGUCUGAUGCUUCUCCUCCUCCUCUUUGUGAUGCUUCUCCUCCUCCUCUUCUUCUUGUCUCUGUGAUGCUUCUCCUCCUCCUCCUCUUCUUCUCUCUGUAGUCUCCAACAACUGUUCUCUGUGUCCAUCAGCAGGCAGGGAAGACUAUCUUCCUUCCUCCUUCAUGGAAACACUGACAGCAACUCAGUGCUUUUAAAACCAACCUUUUUUUGUUAUUGUUGGAGACAUCACAUGACGCGGUGUAACUUUCUAAUGAAUGUUUUAACCAUUUUCAUGGUGGAAAAAUUAUAUAUUUAUGCAGUUGUACAUUUUUUUUUUUUUUUUUGCAGGAAAAAGUUUAAAUGUAUGAAUCCAAUACCAAAGUCACUGGUCAAAAAGUUAGAAUAUCAGAAGCAAUGCAACCCUGUGUAAUAGGAGGUUUAGUUGGUGUAAAAGUGAUCGUUGUUGAACAUCUGGACUCUUGUCAUUUAAUUGAAUCUGGGUAUCUGACCUUAAAGACAAAUAAAUUGAGAAAUGUA